UCCAGUUCCACCUCACCUAUCACCACACUCGCACACAAAUUUCUCUCUCAACGAACACUACUUCCUAGAAUAGAGAGAGUUGGACUGGUUUGAGCAAACAAAUCUAAUGGCGAAUUCGUCCACCUCUCUAAACUAGAUACGAUCAAAACCGAAAAACUGGAACCAUUUUGUAGUUAGACCAAACGAUUUAAUGGCGAAUUUGUCGAGCCUGGUGCACGAGCUCCGGGAGCGCAUCGCAUCAUCAGCAUCAACUCCUCCGAACAAGCAGCACGACGACGUUUUGGAGUCACGCUUUCGCGCCGUCCUCCCCAGACUUCUCCAAACCUACGUUGUUCCUUCAUCGUCUGCCAAGGAGAGAGAGGUGAUUGCGGUGCUGAAGCUGCUGUCACACACGGCGAAGAAUUUUCCCGGAGUUUUCUAUCACGGGCAAGCGAGUGCGGUUGUUCCUGUAAUCGGAAGGAUUCUGCCCUUCUUUGCUGAACCUGCAUUUCGUCCACGACAUGGAGCUAUACUGGAGAUUGUUGGAUCGCUGUUGUCCUUGCUCCGCACAGGUGAUCGGGAUGCCUACCGCCAGUUCUAUAUGGAUGCUAUGUUGUUAACUGAAGAUCUUCUAUAUGCGGCCCCAACAUUUGAUGGGAGAAGUUCAGGGGAACCAAAGAGACUGCUGUUGAAGUCUUUCUGUGAUUCUUUUGCCAGAAUCUCCAAGCACUCUGUCCUUCUUGGAGAUGACCCAGGUUGUAAUCAACCAGUCACUGGACAAGGAAUGUUAAUUGAUCUUUCGGGAAGAGAAAGAUUGCUAGCAUUUGCCACAUCAACCGUCAAGCUUCUAAGUAGAUGCUUAACCGAAGGAACUUUGUAUGUUGAAGGGCUUUUGGAUGCAUCAUGUGUUUUGGCUGUCUGCAAGCUUUUGUGCUUUGGAGAUGCUGAUCUGCACAUGGCAUGCUUUGACUUUGCACGCCUCAUCAGAGCAGGGAGAAACAGUGAGAUAGUUCCUGCUGAAAAACUAAUACAAUCAAUAACAAUUAUACUAAGUGAAGAUGUUGAGGGUGUUCCUAUUUUCAGAAGUGUGGCAUAUGACUCAUCACUAGGAGCAUGUCUUCAGGCGUUGCAUUCGUGCUGUUCAGAUGAUGUUGUCAGGUCAACGGCAGCUGAUAUAAUGCCCAUUUUUUCUCAGACAAUGCUGAAGACUGGCAGCUUGGAGCUCAAGGCUGCUCUUACCAGUGCAUAUGUCCGAAUUGUGAAUACAUGCCCCCCUUGUUUCUGGAAGCCAGAAUAUCUAAUUUGUAUGCUUUGUUCAUCCAAGCCCAAUUUUCAUUUAAUAGGCUGCUUCAAAGUUGCUGUUUCGAGGCUAGGCCCCAAUGUUGUUGGAAUGAUAACAACUCCCAAAAAUCAUACUGGUCUAUCUCUGAUCAAGGUUAAUAAAGGUGAAAGCUCAAAUGGUGAGCGCAAAAGAUCCAUUCAGGAUUUAGAAUCAUUAGAAACUAAGCGCCAAAAAGUAGAUGACAUUUCUGGCCCUAAAUGUCCUGAUGUAUUCAAGGCUGUUGGUAGUUUUACUGGUGCAGGGGAAAAAGAAUAUGCUGAUUUUAUGUGCUCCUCAUUAAAUCUCUUACUUGGAUUUCUACAACCUCCUGGAGAAAAUACUAGUUCAUUGGGGACAGAAACUUCCCUUGCAGCUAUUUGCAUACUCUGUAUAGUUUUUUCUGAACAUCCUCAUGCUGAGCUAUCCCUUCGCAUAUUUCAGCUUAUGUUCAACUGGAUUUCUUGGAUGUUUCAGCAGCAGGUAGAACAAGGACUUCUAUUCCCUCUUGAUCUAUCCAUUUUUCUAGAAGCAGUCCACUGCCUGCUGCUUUCGAGAGGGUCCUUAUCUGAAGAGAGUAUGCAUAUGAUCUACGGAAAUACUGAUGAUAUUGGGAACAUCUUGAGACCACUGCUAAAGCUUCCUUGGGAUAAUAUUCCUUCCAUGACAGAAUCCCAUCCCCUAUGGAAGGCAAAAUGUUUCUCUGUUCGUGUGCAGUCCAGGGUUGAGUGUAUAAGAGAGCAUGUGGUGGAUCUUGAUAUUAUGGACUUGGGGCUUCAAGAUGAUGAAGAAGAAGUUAGAAUCGAAGCUGUCACUUCUAUGCCAGUGAUUGUUCUACUCUCGGGGUUAUCUGUUCUGCCCCAUAUGGUCAAAAGGCUGGAAAUCCUAAAAGGAGAUAAUAGUGAGCAAGUCAAGAAAACAGUUGUCCUCUCUCUUGGUCGUCUCGCAUGCCUGCAUUGGUACUACAAUGGUUCUACUGCAUUUCUGGGAGCUGAAUGCAAAUUAUACUUCACAAAGGAUAACAAUAAAGAAGACUCACCUAUUCAUCGUCUGUUGCAAGGAUUUUGGUGUUCAAAGUGUGACAUGAGUGACACAGUCGAUGAUGGGUCUUGUUUGGAAGUUCUUUCACCUAGCAUGCUCGAAAGUGGUUCUCAUUUGAUAUGUGAUUUUAUGCAUUUGCAGUCUUUAUUUUUUGAGCUCCUUUAUGAUCAGCCAUCAGAAGAAGUUCAAGUUGCAUGUGUAAGAAUAAUCCAACGAAUCCUUCUGCAUGGAACUGAAGAUAUUUUGCUUAAGACAAGAUCUGAGUGGGUUCAGUGCAUUGAUCUUUUACUUCUUAACAAGAACAAAAAUGUGAGACAAGCCUUUGGAUCUCAAAUAAGUUUCUUUCUUCAGGAGCCUAUUUUGGAGAUUUUAUUUUCAGAUAAGGAUGUUUCCAACAAAUCAAGAGAACAAAGGUUCAUGGACAAAAUAAAACAUGCUUUGGCAGCUGCUGAUGAACCUCUGGUUUUUGAAACCCUACUAGAAACUACAGCAACUAUCAUGAAAUCUGUUGAUAUCCAUAGUCAACUAUUUCUGUUCUCCCUUAUUUUACUGAUUGGUCAGCUUGACAGUUCUCAUGUUACUGUGAGACUGACUGCAUCGAAACUGAUUAUGAGAUCUUGUUACCUACAUCACACAGGUGGGCUUGAGGCAAUCCUUUCCAAAGUUCUUCAUGCCCGAAAUGAACUGUAUGAUUAUCUAUGCAUGAGGCUGGUCAAUCAGCGAAAAAUGGUUGAAGAGUUUUCAGCAGCUGUUCUUGGUGUGGAAACUGAAGAACUUGUCAAGAGGAUGAUUCCUGUUGUUCUUCCUAGACUUGUGGUCCUCAAGCAUGAUAAUGACCAUGCACAAGCAACAUUAUAUGAAUUGGCCAGGUGUUUGAACACAGACAUGGUGCAGCUAAUUGUUAAUUGGCUGCCUAAAGUACUUGCCUUUGCUCUUCAUCAAGCUGAUGGACAGGAAUUAAAAUCCGCGUUGCAAUUCUACCAUGAACAUACUGGAUCUGAUAGUCAAGAAAUUUUUGCAGCUGCUUUGCCUGCACUUUUGGAAGAACUUAUAUGCUUCUCCGAUGUAAAUGAUCCAGAAGAAAUAAGUAAAAGAUUAACCAGGGUACCUAAUAUGUUAAGAGAAGUUGCAAGAAUUCUUACUGGUAGUGAAGAUCUCCCUGGUUUUUUGAGGAACCAUGUUGUUGGUUUGCUGAACAGCAUUGAUAGAAAAAUGCUUCAUGCAGAGGACAUGUCACUACAAAAACAAGCGAUGAGACGGAUAGAGAUGCUGAUUGAAUUGAUGGGCUCCCAUCUUAGCACACAUGUACCAAAAUUUAUGGUUCUUCUCAUGCAUGCCAUCAACAAGCAAUGGCUGCAGGGUGAAGGUCUCUCUAUACUACAUUUGUUUUUAAAGAAAUUAGCUACUGUCUCACCAUCUAGCACUAAACAUGUUAUUUCUCAAGUUUUUGCUGCACUUGUUCCUUUCCUGGAAAGAGAUACAGGGAAUUCAUCCUCCCAUACGAGUAAAAUUGUAGAGAUAUUGGAAGAACUUGUAGUUGAGAAUAAGGUCAUUUUAAAGCAGCACAUUCGUGAGUUCCCUACUGUACCCAAUGUACUUGCUCUGGCAGAAGUGAACAAAGUCAUUGAAGAAGCACGUGGAUUAAUGUCUCCAAAAGACCAAUUGCAUGAUGUUGUGGAGGGGUUAAAGCACGAGAAUUUGAAUGUAAGAUACAUGGUAGCAUCUGAGCUAAGCAAGUUGUUGAACUUGAAAAGGGAGGAGUUCAUGGCUUUGUUCAUUAAGGAAGGGGAUUCAACUUUGGAUAUCAUGAGUUCUCUGAUAACAUCACUGCUCAAAGGGUGUGCUGAGGAAUCAAGGACUUCGGUUGGACAGAGGUUGAAGCUGAUAUGUGCAGAUUGCCUUGGAGCUCUUGGUGCUAUUGAUCCUGCCAAAAUCAAGGGAUUUUCCAGCAUACGCUUUAAGAUUGCAUGUUCUGACGAUGAUCUCAUUUUUGAGUUGAUUCACAAGCAUCUAGCCAGGGCUUUCAGUGCAGCACCAGAUACCAUUGUGCAAGAUUCAGCUGCAUUGGCUCUUCAGGAGCUGCUAAAAAUUGCAGGAUGUGAGCCAUCUCUUGAAGACAGUAUUUUGGAGCGGACUAAAGACAAACAGCUUAUGAAGGUAGGAAAAUCUUCUAUGUUGAACUGCUCUGAUGAGUUUGGUAGGGGGCAGAGAUUGUGGGAUCGGUUUUCCAGUUAUAUCAAAGAGAUAAUAGCACCUUGCUUAACCUCAAGAUUCCAGCUUCCCAAUGUGUCAGACUCAACAGCUUGUGGAUCUAUAUACCGUCCUUCAAUGUCAUUCAGGAGAUGGAUAUACCUGUGGAUUAAAAAACUAACUGCACAUGCCACAGGUUCUCGGUCUACAAUUUUCAAUGCUUGUCGAGGUAUAGUGCGCCAUGAUGUGCAGAUAGCCAUGUAUCUUCUACCCUACUUGGUCUUAAAUGCUGUGUGUGACGGUACAGAGGAGGCACGUAGUGGCAUAACAGAGGAAAUUUUAUCAGUUCUUAAUGCAGCCGCCUCAGAUAGUAGCACUACUGCUGCUUACGGAAAUAAUUCUGGGCAAAGAGAGGUGUGUAUCCAGGCUGUAUUUACACUUCUUGACAAUCUAGGCCAAUGGGUGGAUGAUGUGGAGCAAGAACUUGCCCUUUGCCAGCCUCUUCAGUCAUCCAACUCUAAGCAGCUGGCAAUCAAGUUUAAGGACCAGAAUAUGGCUCUUCUAGAUGAUUCAAACCAAGUUCUUGUACAAUGCAAACAUGUGUCAGAACUCCUUGGUGCAAUUCCAAAAUUUACCCUUGCUAGGGCCUCAUUCAGAUGUCAGGCUUAUGCUAGAUCUUUAUUGUAUUUUGAGUCCUAUGUGUGGGAUAAGUCAGGAUCUUUUAAUCCUGCUUCUGAAAGGAGCUGUGGAGUCUUUGAGGAUGAAGACAUAUCUUUUCUUAUGGAAAUCUACAGCGAAUUGGAUGAACCAGAUGGCUUAUCUGGAUUGGCAUCUCUACGUAAAUCAAAAAGCUUGGAAGACCACCUUUUGAUUAACAAAAAGGCAGGAAAAUGGGCUGAAGUUUUGACUUCUUGUGAGCAGGCUCUGCAGAUGGAACCUGCUGUUCAGAGGCAUUCAGAUGUCCUCAAUUGCUUAUUGAACAUGUGUCAUUUACAGGCCAUGGUGACUCAUGUAGAUGGAUUAAUUCGUAGGAAUCCUCAGUACAAGAAAACAUGGUGCACCCAAGGGGUUCAAGCUGCCUGGAGGCUAGGGAGGUGGGACUUGAUGGGUGAGUACCUGACAGGAGCUGAUGAAGAAGGUUUACUUUAUAGCAGCUCUGAGAGUAAUGCUUCUUUUGACAAAGGUGUAGCAAAGAUUCUUCAGGCGAUGAUGGAAAAGGAUCAGUUUUCGGUUGCUGAGAAAAUUGCCAAGUCUAAGCAAGCUCUAAUUGCUCCACUGGCUGCAGCUGGGAUGGAUUCUUAUGAACGAGCAUACCCAUUUGUUGUCAAACUUCACUUGCUCCGUGAGCUUGAGGAUUUCAACUCUCUUCUAAAAAGGGAGUCAUUUCUAGGAAGGAGAUUCAAACUAGAUGAACCAGAAUUCUUAAGUGCUCUGGAAAAUUGGGAAUGCCGGCUCAAACUUACCCAACCAUCUUUGUGGGCAAGGGAACCACUCUUGGCAUUCAGAAGACUUGUUUUUAGUGCCAGUGGUCUUGGUGCUCAAGUUGGAAAUUGCUGGAUACAAUAUGCAAAGCUUUGUCGCUCAGCUGGUCAUUAUGAAACUGCAAACCGGGCAAUUUUGGAAGCCAAGGCUGCGCAGGCAUCUAGUGUUCAUAUUGAGAAGGCUAAGCUUCUGUGGAACACCAGGCGGGCAGAUGGUGCCAUUGCUGAGCUGCAACAGUCUCUUUUAAACAUGCCCAUUGAAGUUGUUGGCCCUGCUGCUAUGUCGUCAAUUACCAGCCUCUCUGUGGCUCCUGCGAAUCCUCCCCCUUUGCUCUCUGAUGCUCAGUGUAUGAAUGAAAAUCCAGAUAUAGCAAAGACCCUCCUCCUGUACUCGAGGUGGAUUCAUUAUACUGGGCAAAAGCAGAAGGAAGAUGUGAUAACUCUAUAUUCUAGGGUGAAGGAACUGCAGCCCAAGUGGGAGAAGGGAUUCUUCUACAUGGCAAAAUACUGUGAUGAAGUGCUUGUUGAUGCCCGUAAACGGCAGGAAGGCCCUACUGAACAGUCAGUGCGAGUGAUGCCAUCUAAUUCAGCACUUGCAUCUAAAAACAUAAACUCAGAGCAAAGCUGGUGGACUUAUCUUCCUGAUGUGCUGUUGUUUUAUGCAAAGGGGCUUCACAGGGGCCACAAGAAUCUGUUCCAGGCCCUGCCAAGGUUUUUAACAUUAUGGUUUGACUUUGGGACCUUUUAUUAUAUAAGUAAUCAACAGUCCAGUAAGGAUAUGAAAAAUGUCCAUUUGAAGAUCGAGAGUAUCAUUAGAGGGUGCUUGAAAGACUUGCCAACCUACCAGUGGUUGACUGUCUUGCCUCAAUUGGUUUCAAGGAUUUGCCACCAAAAUGAAGUAACUGUCCGCUUGGUAAAGCGGAUAAUAACUUCUGUUCUCCAGCAGUACCCACAGCAAGCCCUUUGGACUAUGGCAGCUGUUACAAAGUCUACUGUUUCUUCGAGAAGAGACUCUGCAGCAGAGAUCAUACAAGCUGCUAGAAGAGGAUCCAAUCAAGGAGCCUUUAACUCUAUGUUCUUGCAAUUUGCUGCUCUUGUGGAUCAUUUAAUCAGGUUAUGCUUCCAUCCAGGCCAAUCAAAGUCAAAGACAAUCAAUAUUUUGACAGAGUUUAGUGCCCUGAAGAGGAUGAUGCCUGUGGAAAUUAUAAUGCCAACCCAGGAAUCUCUUACUGUUAACCUACCGUCAGAUGAUGCAAAUCCUGCGGAUUCUGGUACAUCAGACAUCUUUUCACACUCAUAUCUGCCGACAAUAUCUGGAAUAACAGAUGAGGCUGAAAUUCUUUCAUCACUUCAGCGCCCCAAAAAAGUCAUUCUCAUAGGUAGUGAUGGAAAGCAACACCCAUUUCUUUGCAAGCCAAAGGAUGACCUGAGGAAAGAUGCAAGAAUGAUGGAGUUCAAUACAAUGAUAAACCGUUUGCUUUCCAAAAAUCCUGAAAGUCGUCGUCGGAAGCUUUAUAUUCGUACUUUUGCAGUGAUUCCUUUGACAGAAGAUUGUGGCAUGGUUGAGUGGGUCCCUCAUACUCGUGGGCUUCGACAUAUUCUCCAGGACAUCUACAUAAGCUCCGGAAAGUUUGAUAAGCAGAAAACAAAUCCUCAAAUUAAGCGUAUCUAUGACCAAUCACAUGGUAAAAUGCCUGAAGAUCAAAUGCUGAAGACCAAAAUCCUACCAAUGUUCCCUCCAGCUUUCCACAAAUGGUUUCUAAACACAUUCUCAGAACCAGCUAUGUGGUUUAGAGCCCGUACUGCCUAUGCACAUACUACUGCAGUCUGGUCAAUGGUUGGUCAUAUUGUUGGUCUUGGGGAUCGGCAUGGUGAAAACAUCCUUUUUGAUUCUACCACUGGGGAUUGCGUGCAUGUUGACUUUAGUUGCUUGUUUGAUAAAGGCCUGCAGUUGGAGAAGCCGGAGUUGGUGCCAUUCAGACUGACACAGAACAUGAUCGAUGGGCUUGGCAUAACUGGCUAUGAGGGCACCUACCUCAGGGUUUCUGAGAUCACACUUUCAAUUCUGAGGGCUCACAAGGAGACACUGAUGAGUGUUCUGGAAACUUUCAUCCACGAUCCUCUUGUCGAAUGGACUAAAUCUCACAAAUCUAGUGGAGUAGAAGUACAAAAUCCACAUGCACAGCGAGCCAUCAGCAACAUAGAAGCACGUCUGCAGGGAGUAGUUGUCGGUGUAGGAGCUGCACCUUCUCUACCUCUAGCCGUGGAGGGACAAGCUCGCCGGCUAAUUUCUGAAGCAGUUUCCCUCAAAAACCUUGGAAAAAUGUAUAUAUGGUGGAUGCCUUGGUUCUGAAAUUUGUCUCGGUAGUUCCAUUGAAAUGCAACGAAGAUGUGUGCUUUCACUAAUUUAAUUCAGAGAUGCGAUUAUUGCAUGCUUCGAGAGGUGGAGGGGCAAGUCGCCGGGCUUGAACUUGACGAGUGCAACCACUGAAUUCAAGUCAGAACCAAUAAGGGACUAAAAUGCAGAUGCAAGGCGAUUCUCCUCUUGCAGAGCUGUGCUUCCCACGGCCAGAAACCACCAGAAUCUCAGCAGGAGUCAUGCAAUCCCCAGCAACAAACCUCAGCUUCAGCUCAUGAAACCACUGCAGCAGUACGAAAUAUGCCGUGCUCACAU